AAUCGUCUGAUGCCGGCAGACCUAUCGAUGUCAUGAGCCGUUUCCCAGCACCACAGCCUGUUGGCGAUGUGGCACCGUGGGAAGACGCUUCAGGUGACCUCGCCCCUACUUGCCCAGAGUCAGCAUAUUGACGAAAAGGCGAUACGCACCCGCUACACCUGCCGGGAGUUGUCUAUAAAAGGCGUAAGCGGCAUAGGUGUAAGUCCCUUGUCCGUAUUUCGCAGUGAGAAAUCCGCCGUGUUGCGGUUCCUGCUCACGGUCGUUGCAUGUGAGGAGUGCCUGAUAGUUUGCGUCCCAUUCAGCAAGGAAUUUAGAACCGCGCUCCUCGACCCACCCCUCGAAAUCAGCCUCUGUAAUCUGAUUGGGAUGGUGGAAGAUCGGGUUGUCUGGCAUCAAAAUGGUUACCUGUGCAUCCUCUUCGGAGACUUCCUCCGGUCGUCUGCCCAUUGUAUAAGGAUACGGACCGAAGGGAGCCGCAUCAAAUUCCGGGGUCUG